CUUCUCAAUGUAUCCUGAAGUUUAACCAGUGACGGUGGCAGAGCUGUGGUGGUAGGAUUGGACUGCCUGCUAGGUGUCCUUAAAGCUGGCGCGUAUUCGUGGUGAGUCGAGUAAUACUCCCCUAUGGAAGAACACAAGAUGCUGGAAUUCAUCACUCUAGCCACACUCCUCUUCAUGUUCCUUCAGCCAGCAGCAACACAGUCGUGCACGUUAACGCAGGUUCCGUGUGACGGCACUUGUGUAGAAGCUUGUGACGGCUACAUCGAGUGUUCCGACGGAUCUGACGAGACCAAGGAACUGUGCGCUGACAAGCAGUGCAGGAGCGAAGCAGAGCUAAAUGUGGGAGGCUUAGGGAACUUCGGAGAUAUUUUCGACAAUGCUGCCGCUGCUGGUACUGCCACAUUCCGGUGUGACUAUGGUGGGUGCAUAUCACAGGCAUUCCUCUGCAAUGGUCACAAGGACUGCUGGGACAGUUCAGAUGAGACGCCAGAAAAAUGCAAGGCAAAACACUGUUCGAGACGUGAGUUCAAGUGUGAUUAUGGUGCUUGCAUCAGGAGACUUUGGUCUUGUAAUGGCAAUGCCAACUGUGCUGAUGGUUCAGAUGAGACUGUUAAAGCUUGCAGGACAAAGACAUGUUCGUCUUCCAAGUUCCGGUGCAGUUAUGGAGGCUGCAUAGAUGCGAAAAAGAAAUGUGACAAAACCGUGGAUUGUAAUGAUGGAUCUGAUGAGUCGACGGAGAACUGUGGCCCUAAUCACACGUUUGUGACCACAGCAAGUCCUGGAAUAGCCACACCAAGGCCACCCGUGGUCACCCCCCCACCCGUGGUCACCCCCCGACCCGUGGUCACCCCAACGCCCGACUCUGGCGUCAUAGUACCCGGAGGAGGGCCUACGGGUACUAACUGUGAAGCUCUGUCCAAGUGUUCCUGCCCGGCACCAAAUAACCACUUCUGUGUCCCCUGCAGCAACUUACAAUCUUGUUCUGCCAUUGUUAACUUUGUGGUGUGUAGUACGCAGCCGGCACCAGGGUCAUAUGCUAGGAUGAGUGUGGAGGUCCUCUCUUGUGGUGCCCAGGCGAUUGUGAACCUGGAGGGAAUCGUCAGGAGUCCCAACUCUCCCCUCUGUGGGUCGACAGAAGGCGUCCCAGUGCUGAGUGUGGUUAUGGCCGACUGCUGGGGCACAACGCAUCUUGCACAGUGCCAACCUGAUGGCAUGUGGCUCCCAUACGGCAACCAGGAUAGCACUGUCAAGCCGACACGAUUGUUGUGUCAGCCGAACUUUAUCAAUUCUCAUGUGUGCGGCCGGCGACCACGAUACGUAAACCCAAGUGUGUCGCGUGUAAUCCAGCCAGAGCCACAGUGGCCUUGGUUAGUGGGGCUGUUCCUUCUCGAGAGGUACAUCUGCACAGCGACUAUCAUCACUCCGCACUUUAUUCUCACCGCUGCCCAUUGCGUUUCGAGAACUCAGGAGACUUCUAAAGAGACGGUGGACGUGCGUAACUUGAGGAUCCAGCGAAUAGAUUCAAGUGGAAAACUUAUAAAGGACUUUGUAACUGGCGUAAAACUGAAUCCUAGCUUUAUCUCUGGCCGACGACCCUCCCACGACAUAGCGUUGGUUCAGGUGGAGAGAGAGAUCAUCUUUUCCCACAAAGUUUAUCCUGCCUGUGUCCUCUCGGGUGAACUCUUAGUGGACAGAAUAGCUGCAACAUUUGCUCGGACAUCUUUAAACUAUGGAUGGGAGUUGAUACCGCAGAAUUACGACACACGCUGCCUCUCAAUCCGCGGUCCUUGUGCCACUUUAGCCAUCGACAAGGACCAGUUCUGUGCUAUUGAUACAAAAUCGCAUCGGGUCUUAGCCCAGGGUUCAUCAGGCGGGCCGUACCUGGUCAACGUCCAAAACGAGGCUCAUGAGAAAUGGGUGAUAUCGGGGAUCGUAUCGUCGUUAUAUUCGGAGUCGGCGUGCCCCAGGGAGUUCACCAUAUUCACUUCAGUCCCUGAGUUCUGGACGUGGAUAUCCAGAUGCGUACACGAGGGAGUCUGUUCCUGAUCAUUUAACCGAGUGUUCGCUCCAUGACAGUGGUUUGUAUGGGGCGGGGAGGGACAACACGGAAUAGAGCUAAGUUUCUUUACUCUCUCUAACGUUUCUGUAGCGCGAAACGUUAGAGAAAUAAAGAAACUCGGCUCUUUUUUUUUAGUUUUCCUCCCAUUUAUUAAAAUUAAUUACCGUAUACUGUACCCGUGUUAUGGUAGGAGAGGUAGAUCAAAAAAUUAUCCUAGGAUUGGUUAUUUAUGGAGUUACAGAGCAGUUUAAAUUAUUUGUGAUCAGGAAUGUGGCUAAUAAUACAAUAGAACCUCUCAAGUGUGCCGAUCCUCACUUCACAAAAUGGCUUAUUGUGCAUCAGCUCUAUUUAUGAAUCGACUUGUGCAAUGAAAAAGACUUAAAAGUUUAUUAAUUACUGUAUAUGUAUGACUUAACACUUAUUUUGCUCGUGUAUAUUGUAUGAAUUACGGUUUUAUAUAUACUGUACAAGAACUCUGUGUUGUGUAUAACUCGUUUUUAAUUGUUGUUAAAAAAAGAUAAAUGCGGUUUUAUCCUGUACUUGUACACCAUAAGUUGGAAUGAUGCAGAUAUGAAACUGAUUUUCCAAGACGAUACAAAGAUGAAAGUUUUAUAAAAAGAUUAAUUAAUAGAUAUUUGCUAUUUUUUAAUAUAAACAACAGAAAUAGAAUGUUCAGUAUUAGGCAGCAGGAAAGAGCACACAUCUACAACAUGCAGCCACUGAAGAGCAACUGAUUGAUGAAAUGGUGUGAGAGAGUUUACACCUGUGAGUGAGUGAGCGUGUGUGUAUGUGUGUGUGUUUCGUUUCUAGUACUUAAAUAUAUCUUCCAUAAACUAUUAUAUUUUCUAUAAAUUGUUAUAUAGUAAAACAGUGUCCAAUAGUAUUGAUUUUACAUGACAAAACUCCUGGUCGUAUUGUAAAUAUAAUCUGUAAAAGUGAUUAUGUUAAACCUAGGAAGCGUAAAUGCUCGACUUAUUUAUCUUUGCGAAGAAUAAGAUCUUUGAAUGUGAUGAGAAUGCUUGAGGGAGUUGACUCAUUUUUGUUGUGAAUAUUUUAUUUUUUAUCCACGUUGUGUACUGUAUACUGUAUAUAUAUUCUAUUACUUUGUUAAAUUUUUUUCUGUGAUAUUUUCUUUCCUUCUUUACCAGUUGGCUCAAGAGAGAUGCAAUAUUAUAUUUUAUUUUAUUUUUAUUUUUUUAUGCCCAAGAUGUAAUAUUUAUUCAGUUAAUAGGGGAGAUAUGCAUUUAUGUAUAUAUAGUAAAAGAAGUUGAGAUGUUGAAAAAAUAAUUUAAAUUUUAUAAACAUUACUGGUACUUUUGAAUCCAUGAUCCAUGAAAUACCGACCUUAAUCCAUAAAGACAUAACCACGUGAUUACAGUAUUGCUUAUUGGUAAUUCUAAAAGACUACAAUACUGUAACCGUUAAAUAGAGGUUUCACCGUACUAGACUGCUACAUACUUGCUAACAGUGCGUAACAGAGACGUGACCGAUUGCCCAAGUGGCUAACGAACCGAUCAGUGGCAAAGCGGAUAAAAGCAAUAUGGUAUGAUGGUAGUACAGCACUAACACGCGUAUCUCUCGCCAAUACGUCAAUGGUUGGAGAGCUGCUGAACCCAGACACACGUGAGAAGGGUGUUAUCCAGUGUGACCAUUACUAGACAUCACAGGUUUUCUCCGGGCACUCCGGUUUCCUCCUAACACUGGAUGGGCCAACUGUUCCAAAUGGCUAGGAAGAUAAUAACUCGUGAAAUGAUAAAUAAAAAAAUACAAGAUC